CACAUUUUGGAAAUGGAGACAAUGAAAUCUUGUUUGUAGUCAGAGGGUCAGACUUUGUCCAUGGUCCCAAUGCUGGGUCUGUCCAGGUGUUCGAGAGCUCUGAGGUGGAGACUGCCCCUGCGCUGCUCUGCCCUCUCUCUGGGGAGCACUACCAUGAGCAGCCAGCCCUCCACCGCAGCCGGGCCCCAGUUUCUAAGAGCCCAGACUGCUCUGUUUCACCAAAGUAAAGCCAAAGCCAGUCCUCACCCAAACAAGCCCGCUACAGUCUUGUCCUCUGAGUCCGGGCUGGAGGGGCAGCUGUUUGGGAUGGGGAUGUGGUCGUUGGGUCUGGGUGCUGUUGGAGCUGCGCUUGCUGGGAUCUUCCUGGCCAACACUGAUCUGUGUCUGCCUAAAGCUGUACAGGCGUCGCUGGAGUACCUUGAAGAUGCUGACCUGCGCUCCACCAUAGAGGAUGACAACAUCAUUAAAGCUAAGAGCCUGUGGGAGAAGAAUGGGGCUGUAGUCAUGGCCGUACGACGACCUGGAUGAUUUUUGUGCAGAGAGGAGGCCUCUGAGCUGUCCUCUCUGAAGACCCAGCUGGAAGAGCUUGGGGUCCCUCUGGUCGCUGUGGUGAAGGAGAGCAUCGGCACAGAGAUCCAGGACUUCAGACCAUACUUUGCUGGGGACAUCUACAUAGAUGAAAAGAAACACUUCUACGGCCUGCUGCAGAGGAGAAUGGGGGGUCUGGGCUUUAUUCGCCUUGGAGUGUGGCAGAACUUCAUCCGGGCCUGGCGGUCCGGUUACCAGGGCAACAUGAACGGCGAGGGUUUUAUCCUGGGGGGAGUGUUUGUCAUUGGAGCAGGGGACCAGGGGAUUCUCCUGGAACACCACGAGAAGGAGUUUGGAAAUAAAGUGGAGACCGCAGAUGUUUUAGAGGCUGUCAAGAAAAUUGUACCAGUGAAGUAAAGUGUUUUUGUUUUUUUUCCUAAAACAAAUGGCAUUGGACAAAGGUACACUGUAUUUAUCAAAACAUAACUGCAUUUUUAACUUGACAUGCGGAGAUGCAAUCAAAAUGAAUACAGUGUUUUUUUAUAAAAGUGGAGCUCUACUUGGGCCUGUGUGAAAAUGUUUAAACCGGUUCGAUAUUAAGCCAAACACUGGACCAGACCAGUAUACCAAUAUGUCACACGUGAUUUAGCAGCCACUCCUGAGUGGACAUAAUGAGACUUUGAGAGCCUCUAAGCCAUAACUUUUUUCUUGCAAGUUUUCUUCGUUUCUUUCAGCUCACCUCUUUCAUCAGCUUCAAAUCCAAAAUGUUGCCAUAUGGGCAGCCCACUUUUACCAUACAUCCAUGAAUUUUAGUUCACUCUGUCAUGUCUCGUCACCC